GUCCUCUGUCGUGGAAGCGUAGAAGAAGAGGCAGCAUUUCCGCUUUCAUUUCGGCUCCCGCCCCGCUCCGCCAUCAUGAAGUCCUGAACAAAAACGGAUGACAGUCGACUAAAAUGGGGAUAAUUCGAACUGGAUGUUGAUCCCGCCGACGGCACGAACGCGAUGGCAAUGACAAGCGGGGAGCGGAGCGGGGUCGCGAAAAUUAUUGAACUAGUUUAUCGAUGCACGCAGACGGCAUCUGUCGUUACGUUAUUUUAAGUCGGUGCUGUCGCUAACAGCGGUUGAGGCUAAGCUGAGGUUUCUCCUCCGGACACGGUCCUGCUAGCCAGAAGCCGUCAGUCAGCAGCUAGCUGUCACCUCACCUCAAUAAGUACUCCACUGAUGUCAAGCAACGCAGAUGUUCUAAAUGACCGUUUAAGUGCGUGCAUCAGGAUGAAGGGGACUAGUAACAAAAUCGACAGACAAAAUGCGGCGCGUUCGCAGUGAGUAGACGCCAGUGCAGAGGAAAGGGAAGUGAGACCAAUAUUUUCCAGCCAGGCCGGUGAGCUAGCUCUUGAGCUAGCUACAGUGGAUUCCAAAAGCCACGGCGCUGGCCAUGCCGUCGAGUGUGCGGGCCGGGAGCCUGAAGGACCCGGAGGUGGCAGAACUGUUUUCCCGGGAGGAUCCUGAAAAGCUCUUCACAGACUUGAGGGAAAUCGGCCAUGGGAGCUUUGGAGCAGUUUACUUUGCCCACGACAUCCGCACCAAUGAGGUGGUGGCCAUCAAGAAGAUGUCCUACAGUGGCAAACAGUCUAACGAGAAAUGGCAGGAUAUCAUCAAGGAGGUGAAGUUCCUCCAGAAACUGCGCCACCCAAACACCGUUGAGUACCGGGGCUGCUACCUAAGAGAACACACAGCAUGGCUGGUGAUGGAGUACUGCUUGGGCUCGGCUUCUGACCUCCUAGAAGGAUUCAAUGCGAUGAGUGCCUUAUACCACAUCGCCCAGAACGAGAGCCCCGUGCUGCAGUCGAAUCACUGGUCUGAUUAUUUCCGCAAUUUUGUGGACUCCUGUUUGCAGAAGCUCUCCCCGGAUAGACCUACCUCUGAUGUGCUUCUCAAGCACCACUUCCUAUGCAGGGAACGUCCUGUGACGGCUGUGAUGGACCUGAUUGCACGCACCAAGGAUGCUGUCCGUGAGCUGGACAACCUUCAGUACCGGAAGAUGAAGAAAAUCCUCUUCCACGAGGCACACAACGGUCCUGCCCCUGAAGGAGGGGAUGAUGAGGAGGAUGUGGAGCAGUAUAUGCUGCGCACCGGCACAGUCAACAGCAUGGAGAGCUCUCACUCUCUGCCGUCCAUGUCAAUCAGCGCCAGCUCCCAGAGCAGUUCGGUCAACAGCCUGGCAGACGGCUCUGACGACAGCGGGGAGAUGGCCAUGAUGCAGGAAGGAGAGCACACCGUCACCUCCAACAGCUCGGUCCUGCACAAACCGCUGAGCCAUGACAACAUAUACGACGAUCCCUAUCAGCCUGAAGUUGACGUACAACGUGAAGCAUCUGCCGGCGGCGGCGGCGGUGGCAACGGAGGAGGCGGCGGCGGCGGAGGGCGGCGUCGCCGCGGCAGGGACCAUUUUGCUACUAUCAGAACGGCAUCGCUGGUCACUCGACAAAUCCAGGAACAUGAGCAGGGUUCGGCGUUAAGAGAGCAGAUGUCCGGGUACAAGCGGAUGAGGCGGCAACACCAGAAGCAGCUGAUGGGUCUGGAGAACAAGCUGAAGGCCGAGAUGGAUGAGCAUCAACUGAGACUGGAUAAAGAGUUGGAGAAUCAGAGGAACAGCUUCUCAAUGGAGGGAGAAAAGUUCUCCAAGAAACACCAGGCUAUCCUGGAGAAAGAGACAAAGGCUGUCUUGACUGAAGAGAAGAAGUUCCAGCAGCACAUCCUGGCACAGCAAAAGAAGGAGUUGACCAGUUUGCUGGAAUCCCAAAAGCGACAGUACCGACAACGCAAGGAGCAGUUAAAGGAGGAGCUGAAUGAGAACCAGUCAACACCGAAGCGUGAGAAGCAGGAGUGGGUGGCGCAACACAAAGAGUCUCCGUUGACGCUGCAGGCCGAGGAGGAGGCCGGUCUGCUGCGACAGCAGAGGCAAUACUACGAGGUUCAGUGUCGCCAGUACAAGAGGAAGAUGCUGUUGGCGCGCCACAAUUUGGAGCAAGACCUGCUUCGAGAGGAUCUGAACAAGAAGCAGACCUUGAAGGACCUGGAGUGUGCCAUGCUGCUGCGUCACCAUGAGUCCACGCAGGAGCUAGAGUUCCGCCAGCUGGGUUUGGUGCAGCACACUCGGGCCGAGCUCAUCCGCACGCAGCAUCAGACGGAGCUGACCAACCAGAUGGAGUACAACAAGAGACGUGAGCAGGAGCUUCGUCAGAAACAUGCCGUGGAGGUCCGCCAGCAGCCCAAGAGCCUCAAAUCCAAAGAGCUUCAGAUCAAGCGCCAGUUCCAGGACACCUGUAAGAUCCAAACCCGUCAAUACAAAGCUCUACGCAACCACCUGCUGGAGAACACACCCAAGGCGGAUCACAAAGCUGUGCUGAAGCGACUGAAGGAUGAGCAGACCCGUAAGCUGGCCAUCCUGGCUGAGCAGUAUGACCACUCCAUCAAUGACAUGCUGUCCACACAGGCUCUGCGUCUGGAUGAGACCCAGGAAGCCGAGUACAAGGUGCUGCGGAUGCAGCUGCAGCAGGAGCUGGAGCUGCUGAACGCCUACCAGAGCAAGAUUAAGAUCCACACGGACACCCAGCAUGAGAGGGAGGUGAAAGACCUGGAGCAGCGGGUGUCCAUCCGCCGGGCCCUCCUGGAGCAAAGGAUCGAGGAAGAGAUGCUAUCGCUGCAAAAUGAGCGAUCCGAGCGCAUCCGCACACUACUGGAGCGGCAGGCCAGUGAGAUCGAGUCCUUUGACUCAGAGAGCAUGCGCUUGGGAUUCAGCAACAUGGCAUUGACGGGCAUCCCCAGUGAGGCCUACUCCAAGCAGUGCUACUCCAAUAACCCGGGCCCCAGCUCUCGCUCUGGCAGCCACUGGAGCCAUGGAAUUCAUCCACAGAUCAUGCCGCCGCCACAGCAGCAUUCCCGCCGCAGCCACAACAGCAGCAGCGCGAGCGACCGCAGGGGCGAGUCAUCCUCUUCCUCCCAGGCCUUAGGAAUGGCCCUUGGUAUGAGGGACGGGAGGGAAGUGCAUCACUCGUCCCGAUCCUCCGCCUCUUCCUCCUCGUCCUCCUCAUCGUCUUCCUCCCACCACCAACGGCACCACUUGCCCCAGCACUACCACCACCAGAGCACGCCACAGCUGUACCGGGAGCGGGAGCGGGAUCGGGAUCGAGAUAGGGAACGGGAGAAGGACAGGGAGCGGGAGUGGGCCGGGGUGCGGGGCUCGGGAGGAGAUCUGGCCCACCCACAUCCCCUGCCCUUCUCUCAUCACCUGCCCUCGCGCUCCUCCUCGCAGUCACUGGCCAUGCUACCUCCCCCACCACCUGCCCCUCCUUCAAUCUCUGGCCCACCCUCCUCCUCUUCCUCCUCUCAGGGCGGAAUAUACGGCGGAAGCGGGCUGGCUGUGCGUGGUGCCCCGAAUCUGAUGGUGCUGAGAAAUAGCCCCCAGCCACUGAGGAGGACGGCGUCCGGCGGGGGGCCGGGAGGUGCUGCAGGCGCCGACGGGGUUCUGAGCCGCAGCACUUCAGUUACAUCACACAUUUCCAAUGGCUCCCACCUGUCUUACUCUUAGGCGGCAGAAGAGAGGCAAUGAUUUAGGACAGUAGCUAUCACAACGUACAACUCAUUACCCUCACUUUCUCUCAAAUAUUCUUCAUUCAAAUGUGAGGGACCCUGGGAUAUCAGCAGUUUCCUUUACAGUGAAAUAUUGAGGGAAACUGAGGCUACAUCCAUAUCAAUCCAUUUUUAUUUAAAAAUGGUCUUUACAAUUUAAAAAAAAAAGAAAAUUAUUAAAGGCCCCAGAUGAGCAUUCCGACUCAGUAUCAGCAGUUAUGCGAUCUGUUCUAUGUAAGCAGUCGGAAUAUGAUGGAAGUACUCGGCACUUGCAUACAAGUAAGUGUUUUACAAUUGUUAUGAAGUUGCAGAGAGAGUAUGUUGGAGUUUCUUCUUUUUUUUUUUUUACACAAAACUCAAUCGGUGUCUAUUUUCCAGACUCCGAAAAGGUCAGAAGUAGUGUGAAAUGCGACAGGAUUUUGUUGUUCGUAAGAAUGUUUUUAAAUGAAAAUGAAGUGGUGUGGAUGUAAUCAUACGUUAUUGUGCUGCAGCCUGCUUCUUUAGACUCAGGGUGGGUAAGAGAGCUAAACUCCCGUUUCUCACAGGUGUACAACAGGAAGGAAGGAGGAAUGUAACCACCACAUUUUAUGACGUUGAUGUUAGACUGAAAAUACGAUGUUGUGUUUAAUGUUUGAGCAUUUGUUGCAGCCUAUAUAAACGUAAUAUAGGAACAUGUAAAACAAAGGGUUUCCACCCCAAAGCUGCAGACAGACAACAGCAGCUGUCGUCUUCUAUGAUGUUCUACACCGGAAUGGAGAAAGAUGGAGGAUGGGGCGGGGGGAAGAAAUGAAGAAAACGAUGUUUGUUUUUGCAUUGUGUAUGUAAUCGUAUGUAGUCUGUAGUGUCCAAAAAAAAAAAAAAAUGUAUAGGAAGCCUUCCAAAACUUGCACCUCCAGACGGAAGAGAAAAAGGAAACUGGAAUUAUUUUUAUUGAUUUGCAAGUUGUUCUGAACAUCACCAUGCCUUUGAGGUGGUUCCUGAAGGGAUGUCAUGCGAUCAAAGUUUUUAUUUGACAACUCGAAAGAUUAUUUCUAACCGAAUUGAAACUAAAGUGAAUGUUUAUGAAAGUGAGACUGUUGUCAAAGUGCGGCAAGGACAAGAAGAAACAUUAUUGUACACAUACUGUAAGGAAAAAGAAAAAAAAAAAACAAAAAACGCUUUCAGGCAUCAUGACAUAUUGACUAUCUAAACAGCUUAGGUGUUUUACUCCAAUGCAUGAAAUUGAUGUACAGUAGAAACAUUUGUAAACAUGACAGAAUACAUUUUGAAAUGUACCCGUUACCUGUCCACUGGCAUUUCAGAUCACUUGUCCCAAAUUUGAUUUGUUUUUAUCUUAACUGUACAUAGUGUUGGGAAUAUUACAGAGAAACACAGGUCAUUUGGUUUUAUAGAGUUACAAAGACAAUGUUAGUAAUUUUGAUAUAUUCAAACGUGUCAUAAGUUCAAGAUUAAGAGCCACAACUUGGCCUGCAUUUCCUGUCAAUAUUGCCAUAACUUAUUCCGAGCUAACUGUUGUUGUAGUCAUGUUUCACAAUUUUUUCUUGACAGAAGAAAAUGGCCCACUUUCGACUGUAGAAAUAUAUACCUAUACGACAAAAAAAAAAAAAAAAAAAAAGUUACGCUGUCAGGUGCGUCGUGUGCUCCAGAAAAUAACGAUUCUUAAGACGGAAUUAUAAAUAACUGUCGAUGUGUGUCAAACAGUAGAGUCUGGUUACACUGACACUUGUGACACCCACCGUUCGCAUAAACUCCAAGACCAGUUCACCUUGAGUCACUCUUAUGUGGGAAAACACGGAAUAAUUGGCCACUGGAAUGUAAAACACUGUUUUUACGUUUUUUCUUUAACUGUUUUCAGUUCAGGACAAUGACUGUAGACUGUGAGAGGAUGAGCGACGACCGAGCUGCUGUAAUGGUGUGACCUUUGGCCCCGGCACAGCAGCAGUGACUGCAGCAGCACAUCCUCACACACACACACAAGUCAGGCUAACGGUGCACAUGGUGCUGAAAUGAGGCUCGUAGGUCUAUCCUCGAGCCAUCCGGACUGCCAUGUUGUGGGUUUUUUUUUCUCUUUUUUUAUUUAUUAGUAAUAUUUGAAUUGAAAAUUUAAAAAAAAAAAAGUUGCUCUACUCUUUGUAUGACUCAGAAACACCAGCUAAAAACAACUCCCCUGUGUAACCUACUACUUUAUGCUCGGUUGGAAUCUCAGUGCAUGCAUAAACUACUUGUAUAAACUAAGUCUGGUGGGUCGAAAAAUGAGCUCCAUGUGGGAAAACCAGUGAACUGGUGUUCAAAGAAUCAGAGGUUUUUAUUGGUUGUCAGAAACUGUGAGACAGGAUGGGGGGAAAGAAAUCAUGAUGAUGCAAACAAAAAUGUAACGCGGGAUCACGUGUCCUGCAGUUGUUUGUUUUGUUUGGAUUUUUGUUUUUGUUUUUUUUUUUUUCUUGUUUUUGGAUGGAUGGGUGGAACUUUAUUUCUCAAAUCAAGUGAUUGUAUGCUUGACAGGGAGAUGGCGAAACGGGCUUGAAACAAUUAUUGGAAAAAAAC